AUGGCCUGCCUUCGCCUUGCCAAGGUCUGGCGUGUUCUGGCCGGCGUCUCUUCAAGCCGAUGGUAUUCAGCCGAAGGCCACCUCACCAGUUCCGAAGCCUCUUCAGGCAUCCCAGUCCAGCUCCUAUCGGGGCAGGACGACUCCUGGCCUCCCAGGGCAGCCGCCAUUCUGUUGGAUGGCAGGCGCCAGCGCUUCUCCAGCCUCUCAGAGAUGCAAUCCUUCUGCGAGCGGGUGGAUAUCGAUGGCUGGGUCCGUGCUGACUUCCUGUCGACAGAUCGCAUGAACGAGCGCGAGGAAGAGGAGAUCGUAGCCAAGACCCUCAAGGAUGUGGCCGUCCUGCAGCAUUUGGUUAGCUUUUGCCCUACCAUGGCUCUGCGACUGAUGCUGGUCCACCUGGAGCGAGCUAUGCGGGUGCCACUGGAGUCGGACUUAGCAGAUGCCAUGGAGGUCCACGUCCUCUUCAACACCGUCAAGGCAUGGAUCUUGAAUGUCGCACUUCCGCACGAGGAUCCUGAGGCUGUGCUCCACGGCUGGGGCCUAGCCGAGCUCGAGGCGAGAUUCUUCGCACAGUACAAGAGAUUUUGGACCGCAGUCUACACUGCAGAGGCAGAGGAUCCUGACGCAGGCAGGUCAGAUGCUGUCGUCGCUGCCUUAACGCGGAGCAGGAAUGGUGGCGACAAGCCUACUCUUGCCGAGAGGUUUUACUCGCUCUGUCCAGAGGCGAGCCAAUCCCAGCAAAUCUCUGCCCUCGAGGCCGAAGCUGCAACAGCAGGCAGCCGUCACCCGAUCGCUGCCGAGAUCGAAGGACCAGUGCCCACCAAAAUGAAGCUCAUCGGGAACAGCCUCUCUGUCUACUGGCAGGCUCGGGGAUUGGCAGCCUUGGUUGGUGCUGCAUUCACCACGACCAGCGGCCGUAAUUCUGCCGGCCGCUUCAUUAACUGGCUGCCGCGCAGGUGGCAUGGUCUGGCUAUGGACAACGCCUCCGAAGAGCUCUCGCUGGCAUGCCGUGCCUGCCCUGAGGGGAAGGACCACCAACACUGGCGCUGGCCACAUACUUGUCUCGGUGCUUGGUACAGAGGCCCUGUGCUCGAAUUAGUUCGGGGUGAGACACGGCGCGCCCUCCACCAGAGCGGUGGGGAGGAGGCUGUGAUGCGAUAUCUUCAACCUCACGACGCGGUCAUUCACUUCCGGUGCUUCCCAUUCUUCAACAGUGUCUACCCACUUGCCGCUUUUUCCCUUUACAAAGCUUUGCCACCCACCCUGGCAGCAUCGCCUAAGUUGCGCUUCAUCAUCAUUGCCGGUCCCCUGGGCGAGCCGUGCUCCGCCGCCGCGCAGGCGCUCAUGGCCUUCCUCCAGAGGAACUAUCCCCAGGCCACUGUGCUGCCAAAGUUCAACUCGCUUGCUCCGGAAGGCAUGCGCUCUGAGGACCUCCCAAACGAAGAAGCAGAAGACGAGUUCGACUUCGCCCUGCAGGUCUUUGCGCCCGUGCUUUUCCGCUCGCCGAGUACAUUUUCGCUCUGGCCUGCCCUGGCACGGAAAGAGGACCAGCCCGUCGUGUCGGCAGAGAACCCGGUCCCAGGUGUCUGGCUCUGGCGCCAAGCAAACUUUGGACCUCACUGGCAUUGGACACAGGCUCCUCUGCUCUCGGAGCAAGUCGUUCAACGGAACGCCUUCGUUUUCCAGGAGUAUGCUGCAUGGGUGAGGUGGCUAGAGUCGCAUUGA